AUGACUUUGGAAGCUUUUGAGCUUUUAAUCGGUAAAGUUGUACAGACAGACAGUUCGGGCACAAUCCUUGAACCGCUUGCGCCGGCGACGGCGGCCGCAAAACUUUGUUUUACAGGACUACUUUUCUUCUUGUUUCAAGGUUGCGGGUGUGUGGGGCGGGGCGGGUGGGCGUUCGCGUGCGCGCGCAUCCUCCGGCCCGCGCCCGCUCGCUCACCUCGGCCUCCGCAUAGUCCGCGAAUCGCGCCCCGCUCGCUCGCACCGCGACGCUCGCUACGCUCACCGGCAUCCCACCGUAGUACAGCCGUCGACAAACUUUCACAAACCCACUACGGAGCCGCGUCGCGCUACGGUCGAGAUGCGUUACAUCUUCCCGCAAUAAACCAAACCAGUAGUGCUCUCUGA